AUGAGCAGCGUUCCGGAACGACGCAAGCGAUCUGCCACUACCAGUCCUAGCCCGAUCUCUUCUACACGAAUCCUCCUGCAAUGUCCCGAUGGUGUCUUUCCCUACCUCACACCGGCGCUCUUACAGAUCUGCUUUCCGCCCGAUCGCGUCGCCGACGUGCUCCUCCUGGGUUUGGCCGUCCGGGAUACUUGCCUCCAACCGACCACGUAUCACGACGGCAACAAGCGCAAACCCCGCGGCUACAAUUUCUCGUCCACCACAAAGGUAGAUCGAUGGAUGUUGCCCUACCAGCGGGUCACGGUGCCGACCUUUGACUACCUACAGGACGCCCAAGCGGCGGAAUCCACGUCGUCUUCGUCCCGGAACGACCAAGCCGCCGUCACGAUGACGAACCAGCACGCCAUGAUGUGGACAGCGAAUGGUCGUCAUGCUUUGACGCCCGCAGUGUACUUUCACGCCGCCGUCGGGUUGGCCUCCCAUUCCGUCGUCCCGUUGUUCGACGUCGGGUCCACGUCGGGCAGCCACGGUCCACUCAGUGCCAACGGGAUGCGCAAGCGCACCCACACCGCGCUGCAACGAACGACGCAAUGGCGCAACGAUUUCGUCUCCCGGUGCUGCACGGUUCCCGAACACGGUACGAGCGCCGACGUUUGGGCGCCGUUGAAUAUGGUGCGUGAGGACGCCGCCGGUAGAGUGCCCUUGCCGGUGGAAGGGACCAGCCACAGCCAGGCACUCUGGAAAGAUCAAUUGUCCGACAUUUUGAACAGUGGUCACAAUGGUCUUUCGGGAAUUGUAGCGAUUGGGUGGGAGUCUCUCGAGGAGGACCGUCUAGGUUCCUUGACGAAUCUCCGAGCCGAACUCCCGUCCAACAUGACUCUGGCUCUCUUGUCGACGCAGACUCUGGGUCAAAUUCUCGAAGUCUGCUCUAUUGGACACAAUAUAGCGAUCGGUACCAAUCUUCCUACCAAAUGGGCUUGUCAAGCCAAAGCUCUUUGUGUACAAUUGCCGUCUCCCAAGAAUGCCAAACGAGUGAAAACUGUAGAGACGGCGGAAUGCAACGCAGUACUCGACGCGGACGGUUGCGUCCGUCUUCGCCCCACGGACAAUAACCGUGACGUUACAACGCACCCUUGGUUUCGGGACCGCCGUCCUAUUCUCCCGGAUUGCCAGUGCUUGACUUGCCGGAGCCACUCUCGAGCCUACAUUUAUCACUUGGUCUGUGCCAAGGAGUUGCUUGCCGAGAUCCUCUUGUUCAUUCACAAUCUGCACCUCCUUUUGGACACGGUGCGGCUAUUGAGUAACGCCGCCAACGACGACGAACGACAGUUACUGUACAAAAAUCUACUCUAUCAAAUCCAGAACACAAAUACGCACAACAUUUAA